AUUGAUGAAUAAAAUUACAUUGUGCUAUAUAUUCAAUUGCAAACUCGACAGAAUUAAUAAUAAUAGAGAGCGGACUCAUUUCUGUCUCUGACUCUUCCGUAUAAAUAACGCAUAUGAGCCACUAAAGAGUUUCCACAAAUAUUAUUACGAAAAAAUAACAAAAACAAUGAAUGAAGAGAGACCCAAAAAGUCGAAGAAGAAAAGUCUCAUGAACUUCUACAAAUUCUCAAUCACUUCGUCGAAACACUCACUCAUAAACCCUAAAUCCAAACCAAAGAUCCCGAUCAGUACACCAUCAAUAUCUCAACAAGAAGUAGAAGAAAAACCAAUCGUCCAGUCGAAUAAAAGUCAUCAAAACCAUGUGAUGAGGGAUAUAUUCGAGUUAGAGACUACUUGUAGUAGAAAUAAUGAAAGAAAGAAAGGCGGUGGCGCGGCGGAGGAGGGGAGAAAAUCGGUGUCUCACGUGGAGAGGGAUACGGCGGCGAGGAUAGAGGCAGCGGCGGAGAUGUUGACGGUGAGGAUACUAGCUGCGGACAUGCCGGGGUUUAUGCAGGCACAUGCGUUUAGGUGUGCGAGAAUGACUUUAGAUAGUUUGGAGAAGUUUAGUUCGAAGCACAUGGCUUUCAAUCUCAAGAAGAAUAUUGAAUUAUAUAAGUUUUGGAUCUCAAAAAAAAUGGAUGGAAGAGUGAUUACUAGAAUUAAAUAAUAAAACAGAGUGAUGGGGAAAUGGUCCAGCUAAUAUUGAGAAGGGCAUCAAAGGGGGAAUGACCCAACAGAGCCAUGUGGUCCUCUUCCACCCUUAUCCCUUUUCUUACACUUAUUUUUUUGGAUUCCUCUUUUGUCUCUCUCUCUCUCUCAAACUUCACGUUAAGGAUUAUUGACUAUAAGAUCUUUUGUUGUAAAAAGGAUCAAAUUUUCAAUAGAAAAUGUUUAUCUAUUUUGAUGUAAGUGAGAUAUGAAAUUUUUUUAUGCAGGAGUUUGACAAAGGGUAUGGACCAGCAUGGCAUUGCAUAGUGGGAUCAAGUUUCGGGUCGUUUGUGACACAUUCGACAGGUUGUUUUAUUUAUUUCUCAAUGGACAAACUCUACGUUCUCCUCUUCAAAACCAAAGUUCGUCCUGCUUCUCCCCAUUGAUUUUCUUCUUUAGGUUGUAACAACUUAUACCAAUGGUAAUCAAAAGGCUUACUGUAAAUUCAUUAUUACUAUGUUUUUAAAUAUAUAUAAUCAUAAGUUGGAAAAACAAUUAAAUCUGUUUCCUCAAAGAUGGAAGAAAUCAAAUGAUUUUUAUUAAAGAUUCGAAUGUGAGCAUAUCAUAG